AUGUGUAUGAAUACAAAGGACGAAGCUGUUCCUUCCAAUAACUCUCAGGGUCUAAGACUGCCAGGCGACAUAAAACCACGGGACUACAACCUGGAAAUACUGCUCAAGGAGAGCACCUCUGAGUUUACAGGGCACGUAGUAAUUACUGCAGAUGUCUUGAAGAGCACAGAUAGAAUAUCCCUGCACGCAAAGAAUCUGAACAUUACGGAAGUAAAAGUGUCCAAGAUAGACGGAAAAGGAAAGAGUGAAGACAUUCCUGUGGCUGAAGACACGAUUGAGAAAGUGAAUGGAAAUAGCAACCCAAACUCCAUUAUAACCAUAAACACAAAAGAAAGAAUGGGGGCUGAAACAAAGAUAGCUAUUGACAUAUUCUACAACGCAAAUGUCUCUGAUGACAUGGCAGGGUUCUACAAGAGCGAUGCCACAGAGGGAGAGGAUGCAGCAGGAUACAUCUACUCCACACAGUUUGAAGCUACUUCUGCAAGACUUGCCUUCCCCUGCUGGGAUGAGCCUGAGUUCAAGGCAACCUUCAACAUCUCCAUCGUAGCGCCUACUAAGUACACAGUGUUGUCCAACUCUUCGCUGAAAAACAGCACAGCACACUCUGAGUACAUAAAGAACAACGCAAGCUACGACGAUAAUGUUCUGUACACUGCGCACACUUUCAAGCCCACUCCUGUUAUGUCCACAUACCUUGUGGCAUGGGUGAUUGGCGAGCUUGACUUUGUAGAAGAGGAAAGAAUAAAGGUGUACACCCCCAAGGGCCAGAAAGAAACAGGAAAGUUCUCGCUUGACGUAGCUGUAAGGUGCCUGAAGUACUUCGACGAGUACUUUGGAAUAGAGUACCAAAUGGACAAACUUGACAUGGUGGCCAUCCCGAACUUCUCAGCAGGCGCCAUGGAGAACUGGGGACUUGUCACAUACAGAUCCUCGUCUCUCCUGUACAGAGAAGGAAGCACAACAGAGAUGCAAAAGCUGUACAUUGCAGAGACAGUGUGCCACGAGCUGGCCCACCAGUGGUUUGGAAACCUCGUGACGAUGAAGUGGUGGAAUGAUCUCUGGCUGAACGAAGGAUUUGCAACAUGGGCAGGGACUCUAGCUACAGCUGUCAUGGCAAAGGACAUCAACCUAAUGUACAACCCGUGGGAGGAGUUCUUGGAGAGCGACAUAAGCAGAGGGAUGCAAAUGGACGGUAAACUCUCCACGCAUCCAAUAAAUGUACGGGUUGAGUCCUCUGGUGAAAUAUCUUCAAUAUUUGAUGCGAUUUCCUACUCGAAGGGGGCAUCAAUGAUCCAAAUGCUGUCAAAGUACGUGGGAGAGAACAAGUUCAAGGAAGGCCUGCAGAAGUACAUCAAAAAACACAAGUACGGAAACACAGAGACAAAAGACCUGUGGAAAGAGCUGGACUCAGCAGACGGAAAAAUAACAGAGUCAAUGACCAACUGGAUCGACACUGCAGGGUAUCCAAAAAUCUCUGUGGAGAUAGAGGAUAGCUCUUUAGUCCUUACACAGACGCGGUACCUUCCCUCCAAAGACGCCGCAGAGACAGAGUCAGAAAGAGACGAAAAAUGGAUGAUAUUUUUGACUAAAAAGAGAUUCACAUCAGAUGGAGGAGCGCACGAGGAGUCUAUCCUCUUCCCAGGGAAGGAAAUGCGCCUUAACCUCGACAAGGGCCACAUUCUGUUCAACGUUGAUGCAACUGGCUUCUAUUUGGUUGAGUACUCUGAUGAUGUCCUUAACUGGCACAUUAUCCCCCUUCUCCAGUCUGACAAAUUAUCGCAGUUUGAGAGAUACGGGAUAUUCAGAGAUAUAAUCAGUCUGGCUACAGACGGCCACAGGAGCGCAACGUACGCCCUGAACAUGAUGCAGUAUGUGAAAAGCGAUGAAAGAGCAUUUGUUGUAGGAUUGGUGGCAGGGUACCUAACAAUGCUAUCAAAGAGAUACAUAGAUGACAAAGAAAUUUAUCUAGCAGUGUCCACAGAGCUAUCGAAUCUCCUGCAGAAAUACCUCGAUGGUGUAAACAGCUUUACAACAGUUCCUGACGAUGGCGAAGUGAGAAAGCUGCGAAUAAUCGCAGUAGGCGCGCUAGCACAGAUAAAGGACUCCCCAAUCCAGAAGGAAAUAUGCAGGCUAGCAGAGGCGAAUGAGCUCUCCAAAGUGCACAAAGACUACAAGGCAAGCAUGUACGCAUCCUAUGCUAAGUACGGAGGAAAGAAGGCGUACGACUACCUCUACGAGAUCAUAAAAAGCAAAACAGCAAAUGAAAACGAGAAGCUAUUUGCCAUAUCAGCUAUAUCCCACUCGCAGGACGAGGUAGAUGCCGUGUUCAAGCUGUUCGCAGAGAGAAACCCGUACAUCAAAAACCAGGAUAAAAUGAGAAUGGUGCUUGGGCUGGCGCAGCAAAAGGAGCAGAGAAAAACCUUUAGAAUGUUUGCAGAGAGCUUUGCAGAUAUCGUUAAGAUAUUUGAUACAACCCGCGAUAACGUAGCAAGGUUUGUGGAGGUGUUCAUUGCAUCGCAAAGAAAGAGAGAAAACAUCGAAGAGGUCAUGCAGUUUUUCAAAAAGAAAGAAAACGUACAGGACGCCUGGGUCUCUGCAAUAAAGAAGGGAUCAGACAUUGCCGAGAUACUGAACAGGUUCUACGAGGAGAACAAGCAGGGAAUGAUCGAAUGGUCUGCCACAAAAACCGUAGAAGAAUAG